AUGUACAUGUACUCCAGAUUCUGGCCCAGGGGGGGCAGCUCCGGCAUUUUACACCACUAUACCGAGACCCUCGUCACGUUUGAAUAUACCUCCAGCAGCGCUCGUCAACCGCACAGUAUUCUAUUCGUCGGCGGCCUUGGAGACGGUCUUGCCACGACGUCUUAUACAGCCGACUUGGUUCGAGCGCUUCAGCCGACAGAAUGGUCAUUCUUCACACUCAAUCUCACGUCUUCCUAUCAAGCAUGGGGUCUUGGGCACCUAGAUAGGGACACGGACGAGAUUGCUCAAUGCAUCAGAUAUAUCAAGUCCUAUAAGAAUGCCAAGUAUGGGUAUAGCAAACUCAUCUUGAUGGGGCAUUCAACCGGUAGCCAGUGCGUUUUGCACUACCUCAGCAAACCAAAUCCCCAUGUCUUUGUGCCGCCCUUUGACCCUGAGCUUGAGCAUGUCGAGCGUCUAGCCCUUGAUGGGGCCAUCAUGCAGGCACCGGUGUCUGACAGGGAAGCCAUCCAAUGGGUCUUGCAUCACGGAUUUGGGGGCAAGUCAGGGGCGGAACUGAGAAGUGUAUAUGAGAAGCUGCAAACAAUGGCGAAGGAUGCCGCUCUCCAGAAUCCAACCUCCGAUUCCAUGCUUCCCAUAUGGUUGACUUCCCAGAUAGGCUAUCCUUCCAAUACUCCCCUCAGUUGCCGCAGAUUUCUCAGUCUGACCAGCCCCGAGAGUCCCGAGUCGCCCAGCGACGACGACGUAUUCAGCUCAGACCUGACGGACGAACAGCUGAGGAAGACUUUUGGAAUGAUCGAACAUCAGGGCCUAUUGAAGCACAAAUUAAUGGUCCUGAUCUCGGGGGCGGACCAGUCAGUGCCGGACUGGGUUGAUAAGGAAGAAUUGCUCUCGAGGUGGAAGAACGCCACCAACCUGAACCGAAUGACAGGGAAAUGGGAUGAAGUGCACAGUGGGUUGAUUCCAGAUGCAUCUCAUGCGUUGAGUAACGAUGAUCAAGCUGAGCCACGAAAGUUUCUUGUGGAGAGAGUCCUCGGGUACUUGAAGAGGAUGGAAUAA